AUGGCCAACGAGCACACUCCACUGAUACAGACGGUCGAGGUGCGGCCAUACGUCCGUGACCGCUAUCCCCACCAUCGCCUGCGCUUCUGGUGCACGAGCAUCUUAUCCACGCUGGUCCUCGUUGGGGGACUUGUUGCUGUCCUGCUGUUCAGCUUCGAUUGGAAGUCUGACAGUGAUCUGCCGGCCGUCAUCGAGCGCGCGCACUCGCGAAAGAUUGCUGAGGAUUGGUCGCGCCGCACGAGCUUAGAGUACGACGAGCUACAGACCAUCCUGCUAGAGACGCCCAAUGCAGAAAAGGCGCGCGAAUGGAGCGAGUACUACACCAGUGGGCCGCAUCUGGCCGGCAAGAACCUCACGCAGGCGCUAUGGACGAAGGAGCGGUGGCAGGAGUUUGGCGUAGAGAGUGCCAUUGUCGACUACGACGUCUACAUCAACUACCCCAAAGGACAUCGUCUGGCGCUGCUUGACAAGGACAGCGUCAAGUUUGAGGCUCGCUUGGAAGAAAACGUGUUGAAGGAGGACAAGGCAAGCCAGUCUGCAGACAGGGUACCGACUUUCCACGGCUACAGCGCCUCUGGCAACGUUACUGGAGGCUACGUCUUUGUCAAUUACGCCACAUACCAGGACUUCGAGGACCUGAAGGCAGCCAAGAUCGACCUUAAAGGCAAGAUCGCAUUGGCCAAGUACGGCGGCGUCUUCCGCGGCCUGAAGGUCAAGCGUGCCCAAGAGUUUGGCAUGAUUGGCGUAGUCAUGUACAGCGAUCCUGGUGACGAUGGCGAAGUCACAGAGAAGAACGGCAACAAGACAUAUCCAGAUGGCCCCGCAAGAGAACCAAGCAGUGUUCAGAGGGGCAGUGUGCAAUUCCUGAGCUUCGCACCUGGUGAUCCCACAACCCCUGGAUACCCAUCCAAGCCUGGCGUCCCCCGUCUGCCUGUCGAUCACGCUAUUCCCUCGAUUCCCUCUCUACCCAUCUCCUACGAAGAUGCAUUGCCUCUGCUCAAGGCUCUCAACGGCCACGGCCCCAAAGCGACAUCCUUCAGCAAGUCUUGGCACGGUGGUGGUCUUGACUAUAAGGGCGUAGAAUACAACAUCGGUCCCUCUCCGGACGGCCUCACCCUGAAUCUCGUCAACGAACAGGAGUAUGUCACAACACCAUUAUGGAACGUGAUAGGCGUCAUCAACGGCACAAUUCCUGACGAAGUUGUUGUACUCGGCAACCACCGUGACGCAUGGAUUGCUGGAGGUGCUGGAGAUCCCAACAGCGGUUCAGCCGCCCUCAACGAGGUAAUCAGAAGCUUUGGUCUCGCCCUACAAGCAGGGUGGAAGCCACUCAGAACCAUUGUUUUUGCCAGCUGGGACGGCGAGGAAUAUGGCCUUGUCGGCAGUACCGAAUGGGUCGAAGAAUACCUCCCCUGGCUUUCCGGCUCUGCAGUCGCCUAUCUCAAUGUCGAUGUUGGCGCUCGUGGUCCCGAGUACAAGCUAUCUGCUGCACCACUCCUCAGCAAAGUCGUCCAGGAAGUCUUGCCUCUCGUGAAAUCGCCAAACCAGACCGUCACCGGCCAGUCAGUCUUCGACACCUGGGACAAGCACAUCUCGACCAUGGGCUCGGGCUCUGACUUCACUGCCUUUCAAGACUUCGCCGGCAUCCCCUCCAUCGACAUGGGCUUUGGUUCAGGCCCACAAGAUCCUAUAUACCACUACCACAGCAACUACGACUCGUUUGACUGGAUGGCUCGCUUCGGUGAUCCAGGCUUCCAGUACCACGCCACCAUUGCACGUGUAUGGGCGCUCGCAGCCGCAAAGCUUGUUGAAACCCCUAUACUACAGCUGAGCGCUGCUGAUUAUGCAACCGGAUUAGACAAGUACAUUGCGUCCGUCAAGCAGAAAGCAAAGGUUGCAAACUAUGAAGCCGAGGAAAACGUCUUCGCUCCCCUCGACCACGCAGCUGUACAUUUCAAAUUCGCAUCCACGAUACAAGAUGGCAUUGCUGCUCAGCUCCUCGACGACUACUAUCAUGCAGAUAUGCCGUGGUGGAAACCGUGGCUGCGCGUCCGCCUGCUACUCGCUAUUCGCAACGCAAACACAAAGUACAAGCUCCUUGAGCGUCAGUUCCUGCACGCCGAAGGUCUCGAUGACAGACCAUGGUUCAAGCACAUUGUCUUUGCGCCGGGUAAAUGGACAGGGUAUGCUGGCGCCACUUUCCCUGGUAUCGUGGAAGGUGUGGACGAGGAGGAUGACGCAAAAGUGAGGAAGUGGGUCGGCAUUGCAGCGAAGAUUAUCGAUGCUGCUGCUGAUUUUCUGGAGAAGGAGUAG